CGGUGUGCAGCAAGCUGUGCUACGCCGUCGGGGGGGCUCCGUACCAGAUCACGGGCUGUGCCCUCGGCUUCUUCCUCCAGAUCUACCUGCUGGACGUGGCGCAGGUGGACGCUUUCUAUGCCUCCAUCAUCCUCUUUGUGGGGCGAGUGUGGGAUGCCAUCACGGACCCCAUGGUGGGGUUCUUCAUCAGCAAAACUCCCUGGACCCGCUUCGGCCGCCUGAUGCCCUGGAUCAUGUUCUCCACCCCUUUCGCCAUCAUCUCCUACUUCCUCAUCUGGUAUGUGCCAGACAUCUCCACAGGACAAGUGAUGUGGUACCUUGUCUUCUACUGUGCCUUCCAGACCCUCGUGACGUGCUUCCACGUGCCUUACUCAGCCCUCACCAUGUUCAUCAGCAGGGAGCAGAGCGAGCGGGACUCGGCCACUGCCUACCGAAUGACCGUGGAGGUGCUGGGCACCGUGCUGGGCACUGCCAUCCAGGGCCAGAUCGUUGGCAAGGUGGACACUCCCUGCGUGGGGAGCCCCUUCUUCUUUGGCUUGACCAACUCCUCGGUGGCCAUGGAGGAGCUGAACAUGACCCACGACACCGGGGGGCUCACAGACACUAGAAAUGCCUACAUGAUCGCUGCUGGGGUCAUCGGGGGGCUCUAUGUCCUCUGUGCCUUCAUCCUGGUGCUGGGCGUGAGGGAGAGGAGAGAGUCCUGUGAGCUGCAGUCGGACGAGCCUGUCUCCUUCUUCCAGGGGCUGAAGCUGGUGAUGAACCACAGGCCCUACAUCAAACUCAUCGCCGGCUUCCUCUUCACCUCGCUGGCCUUCAUGCUGCUGGAGGGAAACUUUGCCCUCUUCUGCACCUACACCCUGGGCUUCCGCAACGAGUUCCAGAACAUUCUGCUGGCCAUCAUGCUCUCGGCCACCCUGACCAUCCCCUUCUGGCAGUGGUUCCUGACCCGAUUUGGGAAGAAGAGUGCUGUCUACGUGGGCAUCUCAUCUGCCAUCCCCUUCCUCAUCCUCGUGGUUCUCCUGGACAGUAACCUCUUUGUCACCUACCUGGUGGCCGUCGCCGCUGGCAUCAGCGUGGCAGCCGCCUUCCUCCUGCCCUGGUCCAUGCUGCCUGAUGUCAUCGAUGACUUCAAGCUGCAGCACCCCAGCUCCCAUGGCCACGAGGCCAUCUUCUUCUCCUUCUACGUCUUCUUCACCAAGUUCACAGCUGGGGUGUCCCUGGGCAUCUCCACGCUCAGCCUGGACUUUGCAGGGUACCAGACCAGGGGCUGCUCCCAGCCUGGCCAGGUGCAUUUCACCCUGAAGAUGUUGGUGUCUGCCGUGCCCGUGGGGCUGAUCCUGCUCAGCCUGCUGCUCUUCAAGCUCUACCCCAUCGACGAGGAGAAGAGGAGCAAGAACAAGAAAGCCCUGCAGGAUUUAAGGGAGGAGAGCAACAGCAGCUCGGAGUCGGACAACACAGAACUGGCCAGCAUUGUGUGACCCGGGCUGGGGCUGGCUGCUCACCCUGG